AACGGAAGGAUUGCAUAUCCGGGUUCUAUGAAGGUGUCCCGGGGAAGUAGAGCACGGGGCCGCUUGAAAGAGCGGUAAAUAAAGGCGGACAACCGGGAAUCCCUGGCUGGCUCUGCCUGAAGAACAAGGCAGCAGGGGAAACCCGAGACAAAGCAGGCUGGGGUUCAUCGCUGAUUUUAAAAGAAAACUCAUGAAGAAUUCCUGUGGUUGAUGAUUCCUUCAAAUAUGAAGAAUGGCUUAAAUCCAGCUACUUCAAAAUUAGUGUUUGGACAUCUUACCAUUCAUCUUAUCAGAGAUGAAAAUUUAUGACAAGUGGAAAUGUUUUCCUGAAAGAAAUCGUAUGAAAUAAGAAUCAACUUGAAUGCAGUAUGGGAACAUUUUGUUCAAUCAUUAGAUUUGAAAAUCUCUAUGAACUGAAAAGACUAUGCCACUGGGGACCAAUCAUAGCACUUAGUGUAAUAGCAAUAUGUUCUGCCAUGGCUAUCAUCGAUGCAGUCCUGUGGUACUGGCCUUUGGAUACAACAGGAGGAAGUAUUAAUUUCAUCAUGCUCAUCAAUUGGACUAUUAUGAUCCUUUAUAACUACUUCAAUGCCAUGUUUGUUGGCCCUGGAUAUGUUCCUGUUGGAUGGAAACCAGAAAAUUCUCAGGACUGCAUGUAUCUUCAAUACUGUAAAAUAUGCCAAUCUUACAAAGCACCACGUUCACAUCACUGCCGAAAAUGUAACAGGUGUGUGAUGAAGAUGGACCACCACUGUCCAUGGAUUAAUAACUGCUGUGGAUUUCAGAAUCAUGCCUCAUUUACACUCUUUCUUCUCCUAGCCCCUCUGGGCUGUAUUCACGCUGCUUUUAUUUUUGUCAUGACCAUGUAUACUCAGCUUUAUAACAGGGUCUCUUUUGGCUGGAGUUCUGUGAAAAUCGAUAUGAGUGCAGCCAGGAGGGAUCCGCGCCCAAUAAUUCCUUUUGAGUUGUCUGCAUUUGCUGCCUCCUUAUUUGCCCUGGGGUUGGCAUUAGGUACUACACUAGCUGUUGGAAUGUUGUUUGUUAUCCAGAUGAAAAUCAUUUUAAGAAAUAAAACUUCAAUAGAAUCAUGGAUUGAAGAAAAGGCCAAAGACCGCAUUCAGUAUUAUCAAACAAAAGAAGACUUUGUAUUUCCUUAUGACCUGGGAAGCAAAUGGGAUAACUUCAAGCAAGUCUUUACAUGGUCUGGAAAUCCAGAGGGAGACGGCUUGGAAUGGCCUAUAAGAGAAGGCUGCCAUCAAUACAGUUUAACAAUUGAGCAGUUAAAACAGAAAGCUGACAAGAGAGUGCGAAGUGUACGGUACCAAGCAAUAGAAGACUAUAAUGGUGCCUGUUGCCCUGUUACAAAAGGUAUAAGGACUUUCUGUACAACUCCAUGCACUGAAGAGCCUAGAAUUGUCCUUCACAAGGGAGACCACAUUUUAGCCACCCGAGGACUGAAGCAUUGGAUGUAUGGCGACAAAAUUACUGACCUGCCAACGAAUGAUGGAGAGAGAAUCAGAGGUUGGUUCCCAAGAAAAUGUGUGGAAAAAUGCCUGUAUGAUUCUGAAUCAGAUCAACCGCUAGAUGGAGAGAAAAAAGCAAGAUAACCCUUGUGAUAACUGGAAGAGUUUGCUUUGGACCACUGUCCUUCUACUUGAAUAUUCUGUAUAUAUUCUUAUGUAUGGAACAAAGAUCAUAUUUUGUGUGUUUGCAAGGAUGGGAGCUUCAGUGCCAUAAUACUAAUCAUCUUUUGCCAUUUUUAAAAGGAGGAAGCCAUUCCAUGGACGCUUUUUCAUAUUAAAGCUUUCAGAAUAUAGAGCACAUUUGGCCUGCUUUUUUAUUUAAUUUUAUUAUAUAA